UACUCGGAAAAGUCGAGCACACACAUUGCUACGUUUUCGCGGUGGUUCGACUAAAUGCUGCAGCAGCAGCAGCAGCAGCAGCAGCAGUGGCAGUAAAUUCGUAUCGUUCGUGCGUUCGUGCCGCGCCGUGCAAACGCAGCAGUAGCAGCAGCCCAAAAACAAGCUGUUUGUGACAAGCCCAAGAGGGAGGGGGAGGGAAAAUCGGUCGGUGGAAAAGCGUUGCUGAAGCAGCAGGCGCCGUUUUGCGGGCGUCCGAUGGUGGUGCGUCCGGUGGCCGCGGUGCCGUAGCGAAGACGUAGCGGACCCAACGUGGGCAGGUUCGAGAUUUUGCGCUGCGCGCUCUGUGUGUGUGUGUGUGGUGACCUGCGGCGCGCCACGGGGGGUAAAACCACGCCAAGCAGCGCGGGGAGCACUACAGUAACGAUUCGCCCACUGUGCUCGAAAUUAUAGGAAAAAAGUGUUUUAAAGGGGGCUCACUCCAAAAAAAAAGGAACCAGCUGAAGGACGGGAAAAUCAGCGUUUUCCUCCGCGUUAGACACAGUUUAGAGCGAGUUUUGCCAUAUCGUGUGUGUGUGUUCGUGUGAGUGUGUGUUUGUGUGUCGGCCAUCAACCCUCUGGGGCAGCAGGAGCCGCCCGGAAGCCAUCCGCCAAUCAAGCCCCAAAACGCCAACCAAACGCAAAUAGAGCCACCAAUCAGAGCAAAACAGAAGGUGACCAGCUUUCGGCCGGCCAGCAACGGACGUGACCAGCCGGGGAGCCGCUGGUUGCCUUCCCUUCGCCCUCGGCCACCGUACCCCGCGUGGGAAAGGGGAAAAGGAGAAGUGAGAACGAUACUCCCUGGUUUCUUCAAUCCCCCCCCCCCCCUCUCUGUCUGCCCAGGCGCCCGGCGCCCCAAACGUAGCCCACGUGCCGCAGCGAGGACGCAACCGGUCGACGCGCGCCGUCAGCUCCAGCCGCCCGACGAUGGACGCGACGGUCGAUGGGCGGGUGCCGCCGGACGAUCCGGCCCGGACGGCCACCAGCGCGCCGCCCAACUGUCCCCACAGACCGCAGGAGCCGCAUCACCCCCAGCCGCACCAACAGCAGUGGAAUUUGACGACGGACAACGCACACGCCAGCCUCCCCGGUGCCAUCCAGCGAAAGUCGCGCAGCAACGAUCGCAGCAAAGAGCGGGCAGAACCCGGCGCCACCCUCGAGCCGGCCGACCAUUACGGGGACGAUGGCGGAGGGCCCCGGGGCAGGGGCUCCAGCGAUAAGCUUGUGGUGCACCUCAUCAUUGGCUUCCGUGAUAUCUGCGUGUUUACACUAGUGCUACCGCUCGGUACCUUGUUCGUAUGUUUCGUCUCCGCUUAUGUCUUCCAGCCAGAGGAAAUUCACGAGACGCACUGUCGGGUGUACAACAUCAUACCGUCAAUCAGUGCCAUCACUGGCGUUAGCCCACAGCGGUACCUGUGGCGUGUGUCGAUCGCACUCCACAUCGGGCCGCGCUUCAUCAUUGCCUUCGUCUACCGGAACUGGUACCGUGCCAUGGCUGCCGGACUGAACGAUCCCGCCCGUGUGUCGAAAGCCUGCAGGAUGAUAAACAUCGUCUACUGGCUGAACUUGGUCGAGAUCAGUGCACUCUGCGGCGUCACCUACAUCUCCAACAAGGAAAACUAUCCACUGCACGAGAAGGUGUUCAUCAUCUUCAUGACAACCUCGCUGUCCUACAUGCUGGCGACGCUGAAGCUGCUCAAGAUCCUGCAGCCGGACGGGCCGCAAACACCGAACGAGGAGUCGUCGCUGCGCUACAAGCAAGCCUUCUUUGCCCUCUCGAUCGCGAGCACGGUCGGGUUGAUACUGUUUUUCCUGAAGCAUCGCUUCCUGUGCCAGGAUCUCGCAUUCAGCUGGUUCGCACUGUGCGAGUACAUCGUCGCGUCCGCCAACAUGGGCUUUCACUGCACCACGAUGCUGGACUUCCCGACCGAGCACUUUCUGAUUGCCAAAAACGCGAAGCAGUACAAGAAGCAGCAAACGUCGCUCGGCUGGAAGGUGGACUGAGCGGGGUCACGGGCGCGAACCCAGACCGCACCCGAUCGAGCGUAAAGUCGGACGCCGGGUCGGCACGUGUACACAAAACCCUUCUACUACUGCAACUACUAUUACCACUAUUACUACCACACACACCCACAGACAAACACCCUCACGCACUUUCACAGUGAUUGUAGUGACUUUUACGUGUUUCGUUAGGUUUGUUUUCUUUCCUCUGCUUUCGUUUCAUUUUGUUGUUGUUUCCCGAUUGUUAUGGCGGCCGGUUUGCUGGGCGGGCCCGAACGUACGAACGGCGUCAGCCAUUUUGAACAUUUAAAUGUGUGUUUCCCUUGAUCCUCGCCCACAAGCACGGGCACGAUCCGUCGUGUGGGGCACUUUUGCACACAAGCGGCGAGCUGCGUGCGUAACGCCGCUACCGUAACGCUGUAGCUAUUGUAACGCAAUGCAGCAGCAAUAGCUGAGCAGGUCGUUGAACGAGUGCGCUGUCACGUGGGAUCGUCCUUAUCCACCUGGCCUUUUAGUGCAAAUGCAAAGGCGCAAGGUGUCUCGAUCUAAUAAUAUAACAUAAAUUUAUAUAUUUGUAUACAUACAACUAUAUAUAUAUAGACCACGCUCCUCCCACUACCACAAACCAUGCAUGCGUAUAUGUAUAUGUAUAUAAAAAUAUAUAUACUGUUGUUUUGUUUAUUAUUAUAACGAUGUAUCUUGUGACGAGAAAAUGAGUAACAGACAUACUCACACAUGCAGUAAAAAAGGUUAAUAAGUAACAAAAACACACCACACCACACGCAUGAUUAUUAUUUGGACACCUUCAUCCGGUCCCACAGCACGUGUUGAUGCGAUAUGUAGAUGUAAAUAUACAUGUGCACAUAUACACAUGUUAGUUUGCAGGUUAAAUUAAACGAUUCAUACCACUUUAUAGAGAGAAACAGGUAGACAAAAAUGCAAACUUGGCCAGACGAAGUGAAAAGGAUCGAGAUAACAAAGAAUUCAAUAGAAAAGAGAGAGAGAGAGAGAGAGAGAGAGAGAGAGAGAGAGAAAGAGAGCGAAAGAUUUAACGACCCUCUUAUUUUCUUUUACGCCAUCCACCAGCUAGAAACUAGGGUCGUCAACUAGACACCCUCUAUAUAGUGCCAUGUUUGCGAGGAACGUUAGUCGUUUACUCCAUUGUUCCGCGACAAAUCACAAAAAUUUACACACACACACACACACACACACACACAUGCGCUCGUACAUAUACACACACUAGUAGAUAAUAUGCAAAAAAAAGCAUAAGUUCCGACUCUCCAACUCUUCCGAACUCUCAUACGUACAGCCGAGGUUGCAUAGCAGUGUAAGAAAACUCACGCCUACAUACUUUAACACACACAAACACACACAUACACACACAAACACAUAUCAAUUAAAUCGGCGCAAGAACUCGAAAGGAAGAGGCUCGAAAAACUGCAAAACAAACAAAAAUUGAAAAAAAAAACAAAAAGCCAUUUAUCGCUAGGCAUACCUAGCUAAAGCAAGCACGCAAAGAAGCAAAGAUAAAGUGGAAGAAUAAAAAAAACUGAAUGAGAAGUGCAACAAACAAAACAAAAAAAAACAGGAAAAAAACAAACAAUCGAAAAAAAUAAACAAAUCUUCUGCAAGCAGGACACACUAAAACUCUUAAUCGAUACGUAAAUGCAACGCACAAUUCGUAGGUAGCAGGCAGCUUCUCGGAAAAGUCGAACGGUCGAUCAAACCUAACGCCGCUCUAGAUGUUGUGCCCGCGGCUGCUUAAAGCUGUGUGCAAAACACAAAAACAUAACAAAAUCAUUAAAAAAAAAAACAAAAAAAAACAGAAAAAAUAUAUACUAUAUACACAGACACACUAGCAUAACCGAGUAGAUAAAUGAAAAUGUCCUUCUUUUUUUUUUUUGAAAGCCUCCCGAGUGACGUUGACGUAUACCGAGUUUUAACCAUUUCGCUCUUCCCUUUGACAACACAAAAAACCCUAAAACAAAAGAAGAAAAUGAUGAAAUGAACCCACCGUGGUCACGUGGAACUCUUUCACUCCUUCAGCUGGUCAAUCUGCAAAAAAAAAAACAAAUAAAUUAGCUGGAAAAGAGUGUCGCUUCCUUCCCAUCCUAUCCUAUCUCCCACCUGUUGCACUUGCGUCGGAAUGGUUUUGUUGUAGAGGAGCCUGUUCAUCGUCAUUUUCAUCUAAUUUUCCUACUCCUCUUUCUCUCUAUCACUCUCUCUCUCUCUCUCUCUCUCUCUCUCGCUCUCCUUAUUCCUGACUACCUAUGAGUGUGGGCGUGUGUGUGUGUGUGAUUGUAAAGGAUAUUAGUGUAUGCAAGAGACGUGCAUUCCCACUCCUGCAAAUUUUGUGUUUUUUAUUAUCUUUUUUGUUAUCCCGUCGCAACGUUUGGGCGCAAUCAAGGGCAACGAGAGUUAGUAUAAUGUGUGCGUCAUGUUUGUUUGCGAUUAAUGUCAGUGCUUGCAUGUACUAAACCUCUUGUCUUGCACAGUUGCGAGCCACUAAUAGAGCAUUAAACAAAAAAAAGGAAAAUAAUGCCAACAAACAUCACAACACAAGAGGGAUAGCGACAAAUGGAGAAACGUGAAUCGAAAUUAUACAAAAACACAAACAAACGGUUACCUGUUAGCUACUGUAAGUAAACAAUACCGCAAACACAAACACACACACACACACACACACACACACACACACACACACACACACACACACACACACACACACAUGCAUACAUACAUACAUUGUCACAUGCUGACAGCAGGGCAGGAGUAGUAAAGUAAAUCUAACAAAAAAACAAAUUAACAAAAUAAAACAAAAACCAAACUCAACGAGCGAUGCAAAGCGAUCAGAUCGGUAGAAAAUUUAUCAGAAAAUGAGUAGAAAAAUUAUGGCUAAAUAAAUAAAUGAAUAAAUAAAUUAAUGAAUAAAUAAUGCUACACAAAAGUAUACAAUCGCUCUAAAGGUACCGGUAAACAGUAAGAGAAAUAAAAAGAAAAUAGCAAGUUCAAACCGACAAAAAAAAAGAGAAGAAGAAACAAGUAAGUAACAAACCUAGCAAAACCAUUACACACACAGCAAACGGCAACACAGCACAUGAGACAAGAAGAGAAAACAAAACUCACAAAAACAGUUCACUCACUCACAUACACACGUAUAGUUUGUUCAUAGGUAGUCAGAGUGAGCAGCCGCGUUUCGGGAACUUUUUCUUAUUAUGCCCACAUUCGUUACAAUCCCUACACACGCAGCUUCCACUUAUACACAAAAAUACACAAGAAAGGAAGGAAAACGUGUGUGUGUGUGUGUGUGUGUG